AUGGCGCCGUCAAACCAGCUGGGCAAGCGUGUCAAGUUGACGCAGGUCCGUCGGCCUUUCGUCGUCGGCACCACCGCCGUUCCCUUUUCCGACGCGAACCCCAAGCCACCGGGGACACCCGACAACCAUACGCACUCAUGGCAGGUCUUUGUGAAGGGCCUCGAGGACACAGACAUUACGUACUGGGUGCGCCGCGUUCAGUUCAAGCUGCACGAAUCGAUCCCAAACUAUGUCCGCAUGGUCGAGGGAGAACCCGGCAAGCCAUUCCUCGUCAACGAGACGGGAUGGGGCGAAUUCGACAUCACCAUCAAGCUCUAUUACGUCAACGAAUCCGGCGAGAAACCCCAGACGCUAUACCACUACCUCCGCCUGCACCCCUACGGACGCACGGAUGAGGAAAAGGCCUCGAUGGUAGCCGCCAACGGCGAGGUCCGUGCCUGGAGUUACGAGGAGCAACUCUUCAAUGAGCCCUACGAGGCUUUCUUCCAGCUUCUUACCGCCGGCGCCGUGCCCCGGGGAUGGAAGCCCUCAGGCGGCGCAGGCGGUAAGGGCAAGGGCAAGAACAAGGCCCCGCCACCGCUCCCCGCCCCGGACAGCGGGGACGUCUGGGAGCGCACCGCAAUGAUCCCCCGCCAGAUCCGACCGGGUCAACCGUUCAGCAUGGAGACGGAGGCAGCCGAAAUCAAGAAGCUGUCCGAUGCGCAGUCGAAGACGGAGGAGAUGACCAAACAGCUGCUCGCCGAUAUCAAGGAACGGGAGCAGCAGCUCGCGACGCUCAAAGCCGAGAACCAGGCGGCCGCGGCGGCUGCGAAACCUACCGCCUAG